CAAAAGGCAAAAACAGACCAAAAAAACAAAUAUGUUACCAACUAUCCGCCAUAUUGGUUGGCAAACAUCAUCCCCCAUAUUUUCAAACAUUUGUUUUGUUGAUUGAUAAAUUGUGCGAUUAUUUUGAACCGUUCUAGAACCCUCUUUUGUUCAAAUCGGAACAGGCCCAUCAUCUCCGUCAUUAUGACUGAUCCUGAAAAUAACUAUUUCUUUCGACAUUUUUUUUUUUUUUUAUGCACCACGACGAGAUUAUACAAGCGCAAGUUAAUGUGAUACUGGAUCUGUAUAAAGAUCUGCAACAAGAGAGAAGAAUGGUUCAAUGUUCCAUCAGAAUCACAAACAUGGAAUUAUCUGAUUUUAUUCGACACGGAGAAGAAUCUACCUCCAAUAUGAGUGAAGAAUAUCUGCUUGGACGGCCUGCACAAUCAAGAAGAAAAUGGAAUAAUAUUGUGAACGAGCUGAGCAAACGACAGAGAAUAUUGACUGAGCAGGCAAUUGAGCUGGAUGAUCUGAAAGAAAAGAUUGAUGGGACUCUCAGGAUUAUUGGAUAUGCUUUAGUGCUGGUAAACGAUUAUUUUGAUAACUAUUGUUUGUAA